UGGGGCCCUGCGGCGCGGUCCCAGAAUGAGGGAGUGAGGAGUCGGCUGGGGGACUCGUCCCGGAAGUUGCCGCCUACCCCCAGAAUCCGGCUCCGGGGCGCGUCGCCCGCUCAGUUCUCCGCUUUUCGCCUUUCCUCGCUGCGCGGACUCCCCAGGCUGCUCGGCAGACGCGGAGCGAACCAUGAGCGUGGGCUUCAUCGGCGCCGGCCAGCUGGCCUGCGCCCUGGCGCGGGGCUUCACGGCUGCAGGUGAGCGUGUGGAGGCGGCCGCGCGGGCGGUUCGUAGCUUAGGCGGUGAACGUGAAUGAUUGAAGAAAGGGGAAUUUGCAUCUGCUGGGGAAGAAGAGACUCCUCUUAAGCCUGCAAAAGCGAUUGAGAGGAGGAGAACGCCAGCAACCGUCUCCACAACGGAGUGUUGCAUCCUGUCGGCUCACAAGAUAAUAGCCAGCUCCCCGGAAAUGGACCUGCCCACGGUGGCCGCGCUCAGGAAGAUGGGGGUGAACCUGACCCGGAGCAACAAGGAGACAGUGAGGCACAGCGAUGUCCUGUUCCUGGCCGUGAAGCCACACAUCAUCCCCUUCAUCCUGGACGAGAUUGGGGCCGAUGUCCAGGCCAGGCACAUUGUGGUCUCCUGUGCGGCCGGUGUCACCAUCAGCUCUGUGGAGAAGAAACUGCAGGCGUUCCAGCCGGCGCCCAAAGUCAUCCGCUGUAUGACCAACACGCCCGUGGUGGUGCGGGAGGGCGCCACGGUGUACGCCACGGGCACGCAUGCCCUGGUGGAGGACGGGCAGCUCCUGGAGCAGCUCAUGAGCAGCGUGGGCUUCUGCACCGAGGUGGAGGAGGACCUGAUUGAUGCCGUCACAGGCCUCAGUGGCAGUGGGCCUGCCUAUGCGUUCAUGGCCCUGGACGCCCUGGCCGAUGGUGGGGUGAAGAUGGGCCUGCCGCGGCGCCUGGCCGUCCGACUGGGGGCCCAGGCCUUGCUGGGUGCUGCCAAGAUGCUACUGGACUCUGAGCAGCAUCCGGGCCAGCUCAAGGACAAUGUCUGCUCCCCCGGGGGGGCCACCAUCCAUGCUCUGCACUUUCUAGAGAGCGGCGGCUUCCGCUCCCUGCUCAUCAACGCCGUGGAGGCCUCCUGCAUCCGCACAAGAGAGCUGCAGUCCAUGGCGGACCAAGAAAAGGUCCCCGCAGCUGCCCUCAAGAAGACCCUCCUGGACAGAGUGAAACUGGAGUCCCCCACGGUGUCCACGUUGACCCCCUCCAGCUCCGGGAAGCUCCUCACAAGAAGCCCAGCCCCAGGAGGCAAGAAGGACUGAGGCUGCCUCAGGCGACCCUCCUCUCUGACCAGACCCUCGGCCGAGGGGGCCGCGCAGGGCCAGGGUGGGCUCAGGGAGUCUUCAGGUCCUUGUGAUAAAACCUCCUGAAACCUCUUCGGACCAGGCAGCGCUAGUUUCCCCUCAUGUCUCAUGCUGUAAGGUGCUCUGACAUGGUGAUGCCAAGAAACAGGUACAGCCCAACACGCCGCACACGGAUGGAAGAGAGAGGCUGGCAGUCCCGUCAGAGCCCCAGCUCUGCGGGGAGGGCUGAGGCCCCUUCACCUGGGAUCCUCCAGCUGGAGCCCAGGGCAGGGUUCCUUUGAUGCUAAGUCAAGGCAAGUGACUUGGAAUUACCACACUUAAUCAGAGAGGCACAUAUUAGUCUGUGUUACAUUUAACUCUUGCUUCAUAGAUGUACAGUGGAAAAAGUGUCAUUCAAUGCUGUUAAGGUUAGCUGCUUUAAUAAAGUGUUAUUUUUUAGCACCCUC